UGAACUUGGACAAGAUGGCGAUCUUUCUACCACCUGUUCGUCGUCGACCAUGAUGUAUUGACAAGACCGACUUUUUUCCAAACUAGCUAGUGACAAUGACAAAGGAUUCAACGUUAAAGGAAGCUGGUCGACAGCUGGAAGAAGAAGUGGAGCGUCAGAUGGCUCUGUGGGGCACCUCAGAAUGGACGGCAGCAGCAGAAGAAGAAGAGCAGACCACAAAGACAACUACCGGUACCGCCGAUACAGUUGACCCUGAUGAUCCCGAUGCCAUGAUGGCUCUCUUUUAUGCCAAACAAAAUGCUGCUGCAGCGGCUGCCGAAUCCUUGCCCGUGAAAGUAUGGGCUCGCAAUAUCGUUUCAUUGUCUAAGCAGAGUUCUAUGCAAGAGUCUUCUGGUCCCAACCAACCACAAACCAGCAAUGCGCUUCUACAUGUAGAACAAGAGAAGAAACUUCAGGAGAGGCAAUCCGCAUUGGUGGAUCAUCUCUGCCUGCAAUUCUUGCAAUAUCAAGCAGCGUGAGCUGGUCCUGUUGCUGGGCUCACGGCACAGUAGUAGCUAGGUAGAGUGAGCCAGAAAUUCAAAUGGUUCAUAGCUGCCGGUACUAUACUGGACACAUCUUUUUGUAGCUUUAGAAGGAAUGAUUCAAUCUUUCGUCCAGAAAUGGUUUGGAUUUGGCUAAUACCGUAGUGUCAUGAAAAUAACUUUGAUUGGCAAUCAUAUUAUGCU